GUGAGGUCACUGGUCACGAGCUCCUCCUGCUGUGGAGUCAAGUGCAAGACCGGAGUUCUGUUUUGCGGACGCGAGAGCGCAGAGCUGUUCGAGCCCUCAGAAUAACAACUCCCGCCAGCUGGAAUGUCUUCUGGGAACGCCAAGAUCGGGAAGCCCGCCCCCCACUUCCAGGCCACGGCGGUGGUGGACGGCCAGUUCAAGGAGAUCAAGCUGUCGGACUACAGAGGGAAGUACGUGGUCUUCUUCUUCUACCCCCUGGACUUCACCUUCGUCUGCCCCACGGAGAUCGUGGCCUUCAGUGACCGCGCCGAGGAAUUCCGCAAGAUCAACUGCGAGGUGAUCGCUGCCUCCACGGACUCGCAGUUCUCUCACCUGGCCUGGACCAACACUCCCCGGAAGGUAGGGGGUCUGGGAGCCAUGAAGAUCCCCCUGGUGGCCGACCUGACCCAGUCCAUCUCCCAGGACUACGGCGUGCUAAAGGAGGACGAGGGGAUCGCUUACAGGGGGCUGUUCGUGAUCGAUGACAAGGGCAUCCUGCGCCAGAUCACCAUCAACGACCUGCCGGUGGGGCGCUCGGUGGACGAGACCCUGCGCCUGGUGCAGGCCUUCCAGUUCACCGACAAGCACGGGGAAGUGUGCCCUGCAGGCUGGAAGCCGGGCAGCGACACCAUCGUCCCGGACGUUCAGAAGAGUAAGGAGUACUUCGCCAAAAAGGAAUGAAAGGGUCUCAUCUGCACCGUCCUGCGCCCUUCUUAGGUUGGGAUCUCAAGCACUGAUGUUUUUUUUUUUAUUGUUCUACAUCACCCCCUCGCCCUUUGAAGCACUAAUGCUGUCUCCCAGGGCCAACCACAGCAAGCGUCUCGUUUUGUACCAGUUCUAAUAAGCUAAGCAGGGCUUUGCACAAAAGCUUUGACUUGAACCAUGUUUUACGUUUUUGAAGAGUUUCUUAAGAAUGGGAGAAGUUCCUGUUUCCUGUGUUACCCCCCCCAAAAAAAAAACAAAACAAAAACAAAGUUUGCUGUAGUUUGUGCCCAAGUAAAAACAAAUAAAUCUG